ACUGUUUUUAAUUUCAAAGUCCGCGUAACGCAUUUUUGGAUAAAAGUUUGUGUUGUCUGUGCCUGUUUUUGUUUUAAGUGCUUUAAGAUCGUUGGAAGUCUCCUUAUUCCGUGAUCCAUUUUGAAACGUGGUUCAAAAUUAUUAUGAUUUUUAAUUAGUCCCCUGGCCAGUGUCUUUGUUGUUUUAAAAGUAUUAAUAAAUAUUAAACUGGAGGAAGAUAUAUAAUCAUUCAUAAUUAGAACAGAUAGUUCACAAAAAUGGUGGCAAACGGGAGAAUGGAGAAAAAACCGUCAACGGAGAAGAUACCCACGACCGCCACGCUGGAUGAGGCCAUGCUGGAAGCUGGUUUGGGUGUGUACAAUAUAGCGCACAUGCUCAUGAGCGGCAUCAUCCUGAUGGGGGUGAUCAUGCAGACCCUGAACCUAGGCUACGUGAUCCCAGCAGCGCAGUGCGACCUCAACCUGAGCAUGGGGACCAAAGGAUGGCUCGCCGCUAUCCCUUUCACUUCUAUGAUCCUGACAUCCCACAUGUGGGGCUACUUAGCAGACACGCGCGGCCGUCGGCCAGUGAUGAUGGUCUCCAUGCUGGUGUCCGUGCUUCUCAGUAUACUGGCCAGCUUCGCGCCCAACCUGCCCGUGUUCGCUGUUCUGACGUUCUUUUCAGCUGUGUUUAUGUCGGGCCCUUCAGCGGUCGUCUACACAUACCUGGGCGAGUUUAACAACCUCCAGCACAGGGACAAGAUGGUGGCUUUCGGAGCGUCCUUCGUGGGGAUCGGGACCGUGUUGCUACCUGGUGUCUCCUGGCUAAUCCUCCCACAGGACUUCGCCUGGCCAAUCUCCUGGCUGGGCAUCGUCUACCGCCCCUGGCGUCUUCUCGUGGUCGCCGCCGCCUUACCCUACACCUUGGGGGCUGUGCUUCUGUUCUUGGCUCCUGAGAGCCCUAAGUUCCUAAACGCGCAGGGCAGAUAUGAUGAAUGCUUGGCGACUGUGAAGAAAAUUUAUGGGGUCAAUAAUUGGACUGAUCCGGAGACUUUCCCGAUCAAAUCAUUAGUAGUUGACCCGAAUGCAGUGACAGCAAGCAGCAGCAAGGGUAUCAUGGCGGUGUUUGGUUCCAUGUGGGACCAGACGGCGCCCCUGUUUAAAGGGAAACUCCUCAAAUGGACCUGCCUCACUUGCUUCGUGCAGUACGGGAUAUUCUCGGCCUGUAACGGAUUCUACGUAUGGUUCCCGACAAUCCUCAACUCGCUGGCCAACCACAACGGGGCUGAAGACGCCAGGAUUUGCGAGAUUCUUGAUGCGAGUCAGAAAGCUGCCGCGAACGCUACUGAUGUGAUCUGCGACGACACCAUGAACACCGAAACCUUCCAGCGCUCCAUCUACAUCGGUCUCGUAUUCUGCUCCAUGUACAUCGUGGUUGGUUUCCUCGUGGACUUCGUGGGCAAGAAGCUGAUUCUCCUGACGAUCCUCGGCGGCUCCGGGCUGUGCGGCAUCAGUGCUCACCUGGCUUCCAACCAACAGACGGCUGUAGUUCUCUUCGCGGUGUUCCAGAUGAGUGGAGCGUGUAUUGGCAUGAUGAAUGCUGUGGCUGUUGAAUUGUUCCCGACUAAAUACAGGGCUAUGGCAGUGUGCUUGUCCAUGAUGAUGGGCCGAGUGGGUUCAGUGGUGGGCUCCAACCUCAUCGGCAUAUUCAUGAGGGUCAACUGCGGCAUCAGUUUCUAUCUCUUCGGAGGACUCUUGCUCACGUGCUGCGCAGUCUGUCUCACUCUUCCGGGCAAGAAGAAGCGCGUAAAACAUACCAAGAGCGUAGAACCGGCCCAGAACGAAACCCACGAACCCGUAUGAAGUGGAUCAACAAAUAACGCGAACCACUUCGUCCGUUCAUCUAUUUGCCUCUCUAUCACUCUUGUAUGAAUGAGCGAUAGAGAUGCGGAUAGCGAAAUUUUGAUUAACGAUGCACGCGGUUGGAUCCUUACAUCUAACCAGGAUUUUGGGGAGCUGUCGUAAAGGAGUUAGUAGACUUCGAGAUAAAGAUGAAAUUGAAGUGUUUUUUGGUACUAGGUAUAGUAAGAAGAGUUCUGGGAAUUACUGUAGAUGAAAGUAAAUAUGGCAAGUACCCUAAAAAGUUGUAUUUUUUUUGCAGCUUCAAGUGCAAUUUAGUGACUAUACUUUUUUUACUUCAAUUGAUUAUUUUAAUGUAGAGACAUUUUGUACAGUAGCAACACACAUCCAGUCAGAGUCAGAACGCAUGGAGCGUGUGUGAGCGAUGUUUGGCGCAUGGCGCAUGACACGGGUUCCAUAUUUACUCGGAAAACUGGCACGCGAAGUAUGAAUUGACAAAGACGAUAUUUAUAACAAACUAGGAUAAAAACUAAGAAGAUGAGGAUAACGAAACUUGAAAGUAUUUACAUAAUUAACGAAUAAAAAAAUCAAGAGCAAUAAUAGCAUAAAAAUGUGUUGUGGGGUCAAUGACGUCACGUAUAUGAGGGGAUCAAAAUAUUAGGGUCCACGCACGCGACGGCCCUUGUUAUAUUAUCGAUUCAUUUUCACCCUUAUCUUGAAGAUAAAUACAAAUAAAAAAGCGGCCAAGUGCGAGUCGGACUGACCCAUGAAGGGUUCCGUACCAUUUAUGACGUAUUAAAAAACUACUUACUAGAUCUCGUUCAAACAAAUUUUCGGUGGAAGUUUGCAUGGUAAUGUACAUCAUUUUUUUUUUGGGUUUAUCAUUCUCCUUAUUUAGAAGUUACAGGGGGGGGGGGGGGACACGCAUUUCACCACUUUGGAAGUGUCUCUCGCGCAAACUAUUCAGGAAACCUCAAUAUCAUUUUUGAAGACCUAUCCAUAGAUACCCCACACGCAUGGGUUUGAUGAAAAAAAAAAUUGAGUUUCAGUUCUAAGUAUGGGGAACCCCCAAAAUUUAUUGUUUUUUUUUCUCGUUUUGUGUAAAAAUCAUAAUGCGGUUCAUAAAAUACAUCUACUUGCCAAGUUUGAACAGUAUAGUUCUUAUAGUUUCGGAAAAAAGUGGCUGUGACAUAAACGGACAGACAGACGGACAUGACGAAUCUAUAAGGGUUCCGUUUUUUACCAUGCGACGGAACCCUAAAAAGGUUGGUAAAUAGCUAAAAGCUGUAAAAAGUAAGAAUGUACUUAAACUUGGGUUAUUAAAAUUUAUAAAAAAUAUUGUAGAAAAUUAUACGUUUUUUUUUUAAGUCACCGCUUAUGAACUAACUCUUGGACUAUCCUAACGUAUAGUAUUUUAUUUGUUAAUACCAAACACCAUUUUCGAUUACAUUAUAAUAGACAAGUUUAAGUCAAGAAUACAAGUCUCUAAGUGGGCGAGGUGUUUAAAACUAUCUGAACACAACUUUGCUGUUAAGAUUAUAAGAGGGUGUACAAAUAACUUGGAACAGCUGGCCCGCUUGGUUAUUUUUGCUUUUAACUGGUACAUAAAUGCAUUUAUUUAAUUUAAAAAUAUCUGCGUAUUACAUAAGUAACAAUAGGGUUGUUACCAUCUACAAAUCUUAGGGCCGAAUUGUAUCCGAAUAAAUUCUUUUGGAUUAUAAGAACAUGUUAAACUACUUUUAGGGGACCUGUAAUGACCAUAUUUUUGUAAAUAUUGAAUUUAAAAUAUCUUUUGGCACACGUCACGUGACCAAACUCGAAACGUCUUUGAAGAUUCUGAUGACGUCACAACUCUCGGAUUGACACUGUUGACAGUUAGGCGAUAAAUGACAAAUGUCAGUUGACAGUUCGUAUCUUCUACGUGUGUAUGUAGUUAUGUGUCAAACCGUAAACUGUGACGUCACACAAUUUUCAAAGAGCGUUUUGGGCGCGAAAGCAUCUGUCAUAAUAUAUUUUGUUAAUUUAACAUAUUUAAAGCCGUUUUAAGUAUAAAAGUUGAAUUUUAGGGCAACUUUUAGUUAAUAUAGAACGUAAUACAAGCGUUUCUAAAAAUUGGAAACAACCCUAUUGUUUAACCAAUACGGUACAAAUUAAUAUUUAAAAUAGCAAAUUGAAUUAGAAAUAAAUACACUUAGAAAUGUAUACUCGUACUUAUAAGUAGAUAUUUAAGUAGGGAAUGAAUGAAGAGACAUCAUGAUUCAUGAUGUCAGAGGGCCUACCGCGAACCACGUUCGACGUGUUGCAUCUCUGUCGCACUUGUAAAUUAGUACGUAAGCAUGACAGGGAGGCAACACGUCGAACGUGGUUCGUGGUAAGCCCUCAGGGCAUAUAACAACUUUUAGAACGUUGUCUGAUGGUGAUGUAAAAAAAACGACUUUGUGCCAUGGACUUAACGUUCUAUUUGUAUUGAUUGACUGCCAAUAAAUAUUUUAUAUUGUUACAACUGGCAAUGCUCUGUGAUGUAUUUGUAGUUUUGUACUUAUAAAUGUAAGUACUUAAUAUGUUAGCGUAAUCGUAACAACUAUGCGUUAUAGGUACAGUCACGUCUAAAUAUAUCUAUAUGAACAAUGUCCCAAAAAUAUGUAUACACGACCUUGUUGCCUAUAUUUAUUUAUUUAAAGUUUAUUGUACAAAAUACAAAAAAAAUGUUGGACUUAAGAGGAGAGGGGAGGGCCGCUUCUCCGUACAAACGUAGUCCCCAUUUUCCUGUAUCGACUUUGACAUUAUGGAAAAUAUUUUUAAAUAUUUCGAUGAGUUUUAUCGAAUUUUUAAUUAUUGUAAAAAUUAGGAGCGAAAAACAGAUUUAAUACAAAUGUUUAAAUGCUCUUAAUAUCAAACGUAGGUACAGUCAAGUGUAAAAAUAUGGUUGUACAGUCAAGUGCAAAAAUAUGUCCCAUAGCAUCUUAUUCCAGUGUAAUAAGAGCGUAGUACCAUAUUUAUGAGACGAUUUAUUCGAUACAUAUUUUUGCACUUGACUGUACGCAUAGCUGUGGUUGAUAUACAAGAAAUUGUGUCAAAAUAUUUUCAAUAAUUGUCCUCUGGAGUUGCAGGCGUACAUAGGCUACGGAUACUGCUUACCAUCAGGCAGGCCGUAUGCUUGUUUGCCACCGACGUAGUAAAAAAUAAUAAUAAUAAUAAUAUCCAGAAAACAUUUUCUCUGACUACGUUUGUAAGAAAAGGCAAUUUCACACUUUCGAAAGUAAGAGAAUUUAACUUAAAUCUAUUGCAAACAACUGAAAAAUAUUAUAAACUAUCUACAUAUACAAUACAUAAAUAAAAUAUUAUAAUAUAUGUAAUUAAUAAACUACUAUAUAUUUAUCACAUACAUAUAAUAAUAUUAAUAAUAUAUAACGAUGAAUACUACUUUAUAAGGUGUAUACAUAUUUUUGGCACUUUGUCCCCCGUAUCUAUAAUUUCAGACGUGAUCGUACCAUAGAUAAUUUGUUGUAAUUUAUAGUAAUCAGCACUUUACAUGCACUUGUUAUUUGUUCACAUGCAUUGUAAUCAGAUUGUAAUAGUUAAUUAUAAGAAAAAGUAGAGAAUAUUAAUAAAGAAUUUCAACUAUUA